CCCUUUCCCCCCCCCAAUAUGAACCAACACAUCAAAAUUGAAAGCCUUGUUGAUAUAAAUUAAUGGAAAUGUUUUCAUUUUAAAUGCGUAUUUCGCGUUAAAAUAAAUGCCACAAAAACACGCACGCGCCUCCCCAGACUGCCACGGUCUUUCGUGACGUAAGAGCAGCCGUGCCUUUAAAGCUGCUGGAAACCACUGCAUGUUAAUCCUGCUGGAGUCUGCACUGUGAGGACGGAUUACAAUCAACUCUAAUGCACUUGAAGAUGACAGGCUUCCCCGAAGCAUUAAUACAGUGGUAUCCUGCUUCAAUUUGACCUGGCACGGUGUUGACUUUUUAGCAGAAAUGUGAGGCUCAUCAGCAGAAGCUGAUCUGAUCUCUCUGCGCGCUGAACACAGAAGGAGUGAUGCAUUGAGGUUAACAGGUGUCCCCCCCACCCCCCGUCCCCUUUCUUUUUUCUUCUUGGAAAGGAGUUUUCAUUUUGGAGGUAUGUGCGUUUUGAACUUAACGCGAGGCUCUCAGGUUGCGCGAGCAAAAUCAGCCCAGGGAAAAACUUGAGGAAAAAUACCGCUUUUCUUAAAAAAAACAAAAACAAAAGAAAACAAAACUUUCCACGUAUGAAAUGAGUCGCACGGUUGCUUUGUCCAGUGCGACCAAACUCCUCCAGAUCAAAGACAGAGUUAGAUGAAUGGACCACAGGAUGUUUUCUGGUCAGGGUGCUGUGAAUUACAGCUUCAACCAGAGCGAUGACCUGGAGCCCGGCGACGCGUCCGCGGGCGCGGCGAAGCUCUCCCCGGCGGGCUUCGUCGUGCUUUCCGUCGUCCUGGGCUUCAUCAUGACUUUCGGCUUCCUGAACAACUUCAUAGUCCUGCUGCUGUUCUGCAAAUACAAGAAGCUGCGCACGCCGGUGAACAUGCUGCUGCUGAACAUCAGCGUCAGCGACAUGCUGGUGUGUUUGUUUGGAACCACGCUCAGCUUCGCCUCCAGCAUCCGGGGAAAGUGGCUGCUGGGGCGCGGCGGCUGCAGCUGGUACGGCUUCAUCAACUCCUGCUUCGGUAUUGUUUCGCUGAUCUCACUGGUGAUCCUCUCAUACGACCGCUACAGCACUCUGACUGUCUACAACAAGCGCGGACCAGACUACCGUAAGCCCCUGCUCGCUGUUGGGGGGUCUUGGCUUUACUCCUUGUUUUGGACAGUGCCUCCUCUGCUUGGCUGGAGCAGCUACGGCUUAGAGGGGGCUGGAACGAGCUGCUCCGUCUCCUGGACCGCUAAGACCGCCGAGUCACAUGCCUACAUCAUCUCACUGUUUGUCUUCUGCCUGGGUCUGCCCAUCCUCGUGAUGAUCUACUGCUACAGCCGCCUGCUCUGGGCAGUCAAACAGGUUGGGAAAUUCCGGAAGACGGCAGCCAGAAGGAGAGAGUACCACAUAUUGUUUAUGGUUCUGACCACAGCAGCGUGCUACCUGUUGUGCUGGAUGCCGUACGGCGUCGUAGCCAUGAUGGCGACAUUCGGCCCACCCAACAUCAUCAGCCCCGUUGCCAGCGUCGUCCCCUCUCUUCUGGCCAAGAGCAGCACCGUCAUCAACCCUAUAAUCUACAUCCUGAUGAAUAAACAAUUCUACAGGUGUUUCCUGGACCUGUUCCACUGCGCUCACUGGUCGUCAGAAAACGCCAAAACUUCGAUGCCCUCCAAGACGACAGUAAUCCCCUUGAACCGCAGAGUCCACAGCAACACAGUGGCCCAGAUCUCCACAGAUGCUCUCGACUAGUCUUACACCAGCCGUUCCUCAACCUCAAGACCCCAAGCAUGAAAGUCCCAAACAGUGAAACAUCUGAACUAACAUGCCAUCGUGACAGCUUCAACUUUCCACGGGAUUUCAGAGGCUGUACGCAGGGACUAGCUUCCUCUCCGCCGCGAGGCGGUGAUGCUUGGCGAUAUCGUCUCGCACGGAGUCGGCCCUACGCGUCGUCCUGCACUGACUGAGGUCGUGGCUUUCUGCGUGCAGCUUUGAUUUUCUUCCAUGCCAAAUUUAUUAAUGCCAACAAUUUGCUUGCCGGUACAGAAAACAACCAACAGCUGAUGUUGCCGGAAACCAAGAAAGGUGGAUGAUACAGGUGAACAAUAAUUUCUGGCAACACUUUUGUUUUUCCAUGGAAAAACAACAACAACAAAAAACAUAACAUGGCUGCUGUGUACUGGGCUUUUUAAAGUGUACUUGCUUCCAUUUAUUUAUUUUUUUUAUUUCCUCAAGCCAUCUUCUGUAUUCCACUCAAUUUCUAAGUAUUUAAAGGACUUUUUAAGGUAUGAAUUCAUCAGAAACCGACUUUGUGUUUGCUCAGAUCCUUUCAGUCAAUUCCCUCUUCGCCAAUUUAUACACCACUUUGUAUCGAUGCAUUACCAUUUCAUCCCAGCCUGCUUUUCAUAUCUGUAACUUAAACCGUGUCAAACCCACGUAGGCUACCUGGAGAUUCGUUUCUCUCAAUAUGAAAUACUUUGAUUCAUUUUUAGUACAUAAUCUUAAAAAUAAUUCAUUCUUAAAUAAUUUUCAUUCUAAAUCACAUUUUAUUCACACUGAUUCUGGUUGCAAGUAAAAAAGAAAAUAAGAAAUGCUCUACAUUCCACUUUUCAAGACACAAAAUCAAAAUGUUACAAAAAGCAAUUAAGUUACUAAGAAAGAUUCACCUGGAUUCUCUCAAAACUCUGCUUUCCUCCAAUAGCAUUGUGCUCACUUUAAUCAGUAUUCUCAUCUGAAUGGCAUAUUUUAGUAAGGGGGCACAUAGCCAGUCGUUAUCGUCUAUUCAUGCAUUCAUUAAAUAAAUCUGCUCAAGUGCAAAUAAGAUCAAGGAUUCAGAUUGAACAGAAUUUCCUUUUCUGAAAGAUACGACACGAUGGCUGAAUUAUUACAGUAUUGCACCUGCUUUUAAAUGUUUUUUUUUUCUUUUGUUAAA